UUGAAAAUCAAGCUGUCACUCAAGAGGGGAGGUAACUCUAAUUUCCUACAUCUGCCAAAGCGUGGUUUGCUAGAAGUUUCUUCACCAAGAUGGCGGACGACAACAAGGCUAAGGCAGCAGAGCUGAAACUUAAAGGAAACAAAGCUUUGGAGCAGGGCGACACGGAGGAAGCUGUACGAUGUUACAGCGAGGCUAUCAAGCUGGACGACGGCAAUCACGUCCUCUACAGCAACCGCUCAGCAGCACUUCUCAAGUGUGGCAAGUACCUUGAGGCCCUGGGAGACGCAGAUCGGACGGUCGAGAUCAAACCUGAUUGGGGAAAGGGCUAUUCACGUAAAGGUGCGGCACUGUGUUACCUGGAGAGGUACCAGGAGGCUUCCGAAGUCUAUGAAGAGGGCCUGAAGCUGGAUCCCAGCAAUAAGCAGCUUCUGGAUGGUCUGGAGGAUGCCAAGAAGCAUCUUACAGGCCCUGCAGGCAGUCAGCCAAUCACCAACCCCUUCGCUAUGCCUGAUUUGUUUGAUAAGCUGGAAGCUAAUCCCAAAACGCGUGAGUUCCUGAAACAGCCGGACUAUCGGAUGAUGAUGGCAGCCUUGCAGAAAAACCCCAACAGUUUACAAAAUAUUCAAGAUCCCCGCAUCAUCGCAACACUUGGUGUCUUGUUUGGGUUUGAAACUUUGGGUGAUGAGCGUGAGGAUCCGAUGCCGUCCCGGAAGCCGGAGCAAGCACCACCCACAAACAACAAACAACAAACAAAAUCAGAAGACAAAUCUUUAUCCUCAAAUCAAAAACAGGCCCUGGUGGAAAAAGAUGAGGGGAAUGCAGCAUACAAGAAGAAGGACUUUGCUGCUGCACUCGAGCACUACCAGAAGGCUGCCGACCUGGACCCCACAAACAUCACCAUCCUCACCAACAGGGCAGCUGUGUAUUUCGAACAAGGCAACUACGACCAGUGUAUAGAGGAAUGUAAGACAGCCAUUGAUACAGGACGGGAACACCGAGCUGACUAUAAACUUAUAGCCAAAGCAUUCUUUCGUAUAGGUAAUGCAUAUUUAAAAAAGGAAGAUUUGACAAAUGCAUUGGCGUUUUUCAACAAAUCUUUGUCGGAGCAUCGAGUGCAAGACGUAGUAAAGAAAGCAUUGGAGGUUGAAAAGUUGAUCAAGGAGAGAGAAAAAUUAGCAUAUAUCAACCCCGAAUUGUCUCUUCAAGAAAAGGAGAAGGGGAACGAAUGCUUCAAGAAGGGGGAUUACCCGAAUGCUGUGAAGCAUUACACCGAGGCUGUCAAACGGAACCCAGAGGAUGCCAAGAUAUACAGCAACAGGUCUGCCUGUUACACGAAGCUCAUGGAAUUUGAGCUGGCACUGAAAGAUUGUGAUACAUGUAUCAAGAUUGACCCCGCAUUUAUUAAAGGCUAUCUACGUAAGGGAGCUAAUCUACUAGCAAUGAGGGAGACGACGAAGGCUGCUGUGUGGUAUCAGAAGGCACUGGACAUCGACCCCAGCUGUCAGGAAGCACUUGAAGGCUACAAGAAGUCGGUAACUGCUGAGAACAGCGACCCCGAGGCAGUGAAGAAGCGAGCAAUGGGUGACCCCGAGGUGCAGCAGAUCCUGCAGGAUCCUGCCAUGCAGAUGAUCCUCCAACAGAUGACCAAAGACCCCAACGCAGUCCGAGAGCACCUGAAGAACCCCCACAUCGCAGCUAAGAUCCAGAAGUUGAUGGAAGUUGGCAUCAUCGCCAUACACUGAGGACACCCUUGACUAGGUCGCCACUUCUAUCAUGCCCCCAGGGGGCGCUGUGCUUGUUCAGCUCACCUCAUGAUCAUCUUCAUGUCUCCGAUACGCAACUGGCCUUUGAUAGUGCAUGUGUAUGUAUAUAUGAAGACUGAACCAUUAUAAACCUGCCUCGUUCAGCGCCAGGAACCUUGCUCUCUCAUAUGUGUGCUUGUUGUUCAUAUUUGAAAAUAACAACAGUUCGGACGUAUGAAUUUAAUUAUUUGUAUUAAGUUAUGUUUAGCACAUACUUGAAAUGUAAUUGGUAUUUUUCUCUUUCAUAUUGUAAAAUGAAGUAAUCCAUUGUUCAAUGACAACAUUCUAGGACAUCAUUCUAGGACAACAUUCUAGGACAUCAUUCUAGGACAACAUUCUAGGACAUCAUUCUAGGACAACAUUGUUUGUAAUAGGACAUCGCAUGACAGCUCCCCCAGUAGGUUUACACAUAGUCACAUGGUCUGGGUCUGGGUUACCUAAGGGCAGACAACUCUAACUUUCCUACCAGCUUCUCUUCACCAGGCUAGCCUUUCAUUGAAGAGGUUCAUUUUGGAUAAGAAACAUUUCUUGCAGCUCUGAUGGGGAGUCAUCAUUGUGCUUGUUUCUACCAUCAAAUAUACUUGUCAUGCCUAAUGUGUUGUGUAACUGAAUAUAUGGGCCACUGCCUGCAGGAAUAUUGAAUAACUAUGUGCACAAAGUCAGUUGUUUCUAAAAAGUGCUAUAUAAAGAAGGACAUUGUCAGUCUUGAA